UAUUCGACAUUAUCAAUCUGUCGAAAUGUCGAUGUAUUCGACGCCGUUUCUCGUGCUUAAUUUGGGCGCCGAAAUGAUUUUCGUAAUAGCACAGAGACUGCAAGCACAAAAUAUCGCAGAAGACCGUUCUACACUAGUUCUUGAGGAUUUAAUCGCUGGUUUGACUUCAAAUCGUCUUAUAAAAGACCUAACCAAACUUCAGACGGUGUACAAUCACGAAGCCGUUAGAGAAAUUAUAGAGAAUAUCGCAAAUUCUUCGUCGAUGAAAUUGGACACAAUAAGUAUGAACAAACUAUGGGAUCUUAUCACGAUGGUAUUCAAAUGGCAGCUAACAAUGACGAGUGAAGUUAUCAACGUAACGCAGCGCCAUCUAUACGAGAUUGAAACAUUCGUAGCCAGCGAAGGUACCCAACUUCAGUUACAUCGCGUUCAAAAUAUUUUAGAAAAUUUUAAUAAAAUAUUGAGCGAUAACGAGAAAACUGGUAUUUAUGAUGAUUUGAUAAACUGGUGUAAACCAUUCAACGUCAGGGUAUCGCUUCUCUUGCGAAUGGGACUCCAAGAUAACGAUGGUCAAUUUGUGGUGAAUAAUUUAGAUCCCAUUGCAGAGAAAAUGUUACAGAAUAUCGGCGAAAAUAUAUAUCAAGUGACACAAAAUGGUAGAAUUUUGGAAAACAGGCAUAAAGGAUCGUCUGGUAGUAAAAGUUCGUUAGAACUAGAAAAUGUUAACGAACUCAAAUGUUUUGUGGAUGAAAUGUUGGGUCAACGAAAAUUAAGCAGCGGUAGCACUGAAGGGAACUCAAAUUUACUAAGAUUUUCAUUAACUGAUUCCAAAUUAAACAACAACGCAGAAGACAAAUUUGACAGUAUUGAUGUAAAUAUCAAUGAUAAUGAUAAAUUACAAUCAUUGAUCACUGAUUUGACUUUGAGAGAUGAUUCUGAACAUAACAACUUUAAAGAUGACCUCUUAAGUAUGAUUGACAAUGAUCAAUCAGAGGUAGUAUAAUUAAAUUUUUGGGUAGUAUAAUUACCAACUACAAAAUUAAAGGUAAUCAGACUAAAUAAAUUUUACAUAUGAAAACAGGUGCCUAAAAUAGCCUACACAUUUUUUAUCUAUGUAUUCAUUAUGUUUCUGUAUAAUUAUAAAACCAACAAUUUCUAAUUCUGUAACCAAUGAUAGUUUUAAGAACUGUUCUACAAUAUUAUAUGCCAUAACAAUUGCAAUAAAAGUGCCUUUUAAUAAAUCAUAACAAGAGUUUUAUUUUUAUUCCUUAUUAAAAUCUUAAGUUAUAUUUCUUUUAACAUACCCUAACUGUAACAUAUAAUCUAACACAUGACAUAACUUUU